AUGGUGCUUUUAGGGUUUAUCAUUCUCCUUCGAUUUCUCAGAAAAGAAACCGUAUCUCCAAGCUCUUUGCUCUUCUUCUCAAAAGAUCUGACCGAGUUUCUCGGAUCAGAUUCCGAUCAAGUCCGAAACAGCUUGAAACAGAUUUACAAAAUCGUAAAAUCAGAUGUGCUCAAUCCUUCAUUGACAAGAUUCAUACAAGCCAUAACCGUUGGUUUACUCAGAGGAUACCGGUUAGAUUCCGGUAACGACCGUUCCGAGUCGGGUUUCACUGAUCCGGUUAUGGAUAAGCUGUUCACGAAAUCCGGGUCCGGUUUUGCUUCAGCUAUCGUUGGUAGUUUCGCUAGAAACUUAGUCCUCGUGCCCUAUUCCUCCAGAGAAUUCUCCGAUUCAAAGUUGCUCGACGAGGUUUGCUCCGAUGACGGGAGAAAGCUAAUCGGCGAUUGCGUUCAGCGUUUCGUGAGCACAGCGUUUUGGUUUAUCUCGACAAGACGACAGAAGUCGAUGUAUUUAACGAUCUCCUUGCCGGUUUAA